AUGCGGUUUUCGGCCGGCGGAGUGGCCCCUUCCGGAGUGACUGCCGCAGGAGAAGUCGGGGAUUGGUGGAGCCGUCGGGUUUGUACGGCGACCGGUGGCGUUGGAUGGCGGUGCCGGUGUAGCAGAUCGGCGGAGGAGGCACUGUACGUGUAUCCCGCUGGCCUGAUUACAGUAGAAUCCAGCGGAUUCAAAUCAGAAUACACCUAUAGCAGCCCGCUGGCCCGAUUGGACGAAAUUCUUCACCAUUUCAUCGUCCGAUUUCACAGUUUGACAAGGCUAACAUUCAAAAGAAGAAAGAAGAAGAAAAGGUUUGAAAAUGUCAUAGACUUCAACCACUAA